AUGGUUUGUGCGUUUUUUAUGCUAACGACGUUGCAAUUGUUUUAGGGUGAACGGAAGGGAACAAACAAAUACUAUCCACCCGAUUUUGAUCCAAAACGUCACAAAAGUCUCAACGCGUACCAUGGAGUCCACGCCUUGCGAGAACGUGGCCGAAAGGCUGAUCAAGGUGUUCUCAUUAUCCGGUUUGAAAUGCCCUUUAACUGCUGGUGUCUGUCCUGCAAGAAGCCCAUUGGCAUGGGUGUCAGAUACAACGCUGAGAAAAGGAAAGUUGGCAUGUACCACUCAACUCCGAUUUACCAAUUUACCAUGAACUGCGCCAUGUGUGCGGGUGCCAUUGUUAUACAAACCGAUCCCCAAAACUUUGACUACUCAUGCAUUGAGGGCGUUCGCCGGAAGUGUCAGACAUGGGAUCCAGAGGAGAACGAACAGAUUGUUAUCCCAGGUUCGCUUCUUCUCUGUUUAUUCUUUUGCAGAUUUAUCUAUUUUCUCCCACUGCGUUAAGUGACCACGGAUAUUUAUUACGAUUCAGUCCGGCCUUUUUGACCAGUUUUAAGUGUAAGCUGUUUUUUGGCAAUUCUUAGCUGGAAAAUGUCUCCAGUGUAUGUAUGUAUCAACAGACUUUUUUCAAUCUUUCUGUCCUGCGUAGGACUGAAAAAGCCCAAACUCAAAAAAAAUACUUCGUGCCUCGAAGUCUUGGGGUUGAUAACCUCCAACUUUCGCUUACACACAAUCAUAGCUCAGCAUUAUCUACCAGAAUAGUCGUCUGUUCUGACAGAUGCGCAUUACAACUUGAGGCCGGUAAGGUAUAUCUUGAUGGGCCAAAAGGCCAUGCGCCUGACCAAAACCUUGUCAGAUGUAUCGACGUCUUUCCUUUUAACAGCCUCUUGUUUCCAAGAUGCUCGGACCGCUUACUUUUUACUCUGACAGUGUUGAGUUACAAAAACGCCUCGUUAAAUUUCAAGGAAUUUGUGCCAUCGCAGCUUUGACAGAUGAAUCGGUCGACAUACCUCCCAUUUAGGAAGGUACGCAUGCACAGGUUGGAAGAUUGGGGGCGUUAAGCAUGUUAACUGCGACAAAUACUGCCAGACCGUCUAAUUUUAUCACUGUUUACAAAGACGCGCGAUGAAUUAGAUCAAGCGCCUCAGUAAGGUCUGGUGGCAACUGUCUGAAUUUGAAAAUGUACGAAUAGAACUGCUUGAUCGGUGUCUGAACGCCCUUUUCGAAAAUCGGCUCGGCCAGAUCUAGUCUUCGAAUCCCGCGCACAUAAUAACGGUUCACGAAAAAAUAUAGCAGAACUCAUCCAGCAUUGUCAAUAAAGUAUAAUGCGGUAGUUCUCACACGAGAGUCCACCUUCUUUUCCAGGGGUAAGCUUAAGCGUAGCCCAAACAAACUCACUUAUUCGCGCUUCUUCACCUACCUGGUAAAGACUAAUAUUCUUUUAGUUACUCUAUGCAAUACCGUUCCCUGCUGCCUUCUGCCUGGGUUGCAAGGCGCGAAUGCACUUUUAUUAAGAUUGUCGUUUGUGUCGGUCCACCACAACCUUGCGAUAUGUUGACCCCUGACGCAAGGUCUGUCCGGCUUGCUGCAAAGAUGUGCUCCUAGACAUGCCUGAACGAAAGGGUUUUCUGAUUCGUUUUAUUGAGUACUGAGUGAUUAUCGUGGAAAAUGUUAAUUUCAGACAGCUUAACAUAUAGCGUUGACAAGGAACUGUUUGCCAUACAACAACUUACUUAUUCAGGAAGUGCACACGACCCUUGUUUCUUUUUCUCAUCCGGUCACUCGUUGGAAAAAAGGACGCAUAACAUGUUCGCAGCGUUGUAUUCUCUUUAUAUGAAGCCAGUCAAAAAUAACACGUGCCUUAAUUUGCAAAUUGCUUUAAAAAUCUAGAAGCCAUUUUCUUAAACCUAUAGUUUUGCUGAAAUACCUGAAUCAGAAUCUUCCGAUGCCCAAUCUACACCGUGUGAGCAUAAUUCUCUUAGGAACCUUUGCUUUAAAAUCUGAUAUCACUCAUGAGUUGUUCUAAUAAAGGCUGAUUUUUGAUGUUUAGAUUAUAAAGAAAAGCAAAAGCUUGCCGUUGAUGCCAUGUACCAGGUCGAGCAUGGUGUCAAGGAUAAGGAGAAGGCAGCCAUCGUGCACCCAGCAAUUGCAGACCUGGAAGCCAGUAAAAGCGCUUUUAAGGACGAAUUUGCACUCAACUGUCUUGUGAGGAAACAGUUUCGGGUAAGUCUUGUUUGGCUGCGUAGUCCUUAAUAUUUAGUAUACAGGGAAGACUUAUGUGAUGGCUUCUUAUCUCUGAAACUUUAAGGAGGCCAAGCGUGCUGCCAGCAAAGCGGCCUCGCGAGAUGAAGUCCUAGUCAGUCGACUCUCCUUAGCUGGUUCGCAGGUUAAGCUGCUACCUGAAGUGGAUGAUGAUGCCAGCAAGGCCAAGCUAAUUCGUCUUAUGCACAGAAAAUAUCAAGGUACGUUACUCAGCUUUGUUAACCGUUCUGUUUUCGUUUUUUCUAUCGCUCUCUUUUUAUCAGGAAUUUGUCGAUAGUUAUCCAUGGUCAUCACCACCUUCACAGUCCUGAAACCUCUCUAUUGGACGGACAGGUGAAACUGUCAUCCGGUGGAUGACAUCAUUUUCCUCAUGCACCACGCCAAUCGUAACAGACUCCGCUACUCGAGACAGCCAAGCUUUUGCGCUCUUGCGAUGGGCCAAACGAAAUGAUUAAUAAACAUUCGAGGACUUGUAGGUAGCAGCACCGAAACUCACCUCUUACUACUUUAACGCAGACGUGAACAGGCACUUUGGUUCUGUUUAAACACCCCUUGUCGAACUCAGUUUGUAAGGUUUUACGUAGUAUAUUUUCUAUCGGCUUUUGUCCUCCCGGGUGCGUGGUAUAAGAAAAGAUAAUCUCUACUACAAAUCCGACCGUCAGAAGUAGCUUCACAGAGUCGUCUGGACUACAGAGGACCUGGAUUUCACUCACCCCAGCCGGCGGUGUCAACCUGUAGUGUCGGAAUGAGGGCAUCUUGACAACCAGCCGAGUGCGCUACGACAGACCUUUAAACCCGACUGCCCAGUUUGCAGAAGAACCACGGCCCACAAUCUACCUUUCCCCUUACACCAACCUUCUGGAAGCUCGGCAAAGGCCGAAUGGCUGUUCCAGUUGGGAUUUAAGUUGCUGAGUUACUAUCGAUGCGGAGACAGGCCACAAGAGACUCAACCGUAUUUGCAAUUCAAUGAUUCUGGAGCAACGAUAGACCCGAAGUGCUCGUAACUAAACCAUGUAACCAUUGAAAAAGUGCGUAGCGGAUUACGUGACAUGAAGACGCUGGGAAAAACUGCAAGAAAUCCCUCAUAAGGGCCAAACAUUUUCCUUUAGCAUGUUGCGAAAUGGCUAACAUCCCGAUCUCAACGACUGUUAAGAGGACGAUAGCUACGUCUACUGCGAUACCUACCAGAUAUUUCGAAUUAGAGGAGAAACCUCUGACCACAUGCUCAUUGAACUUUUUCGCUUCGUCACUCCAUACUCGGCGAUUUCCAAAACCCAAAGGACGCCAUUCUUCUGUGAAUGAUGGCAAAACAUUUGUGGUGUUGUCUAUCCGCCCAGUGUAUUGCACUCAGUAUCGUCGACCAUCCACUUGCGUAUCAUCAGUUUUUGGGUGACCACUGACAGACGAACUCCAGCCCUCUCACCCACCCUGUCAGUUAAUAACGAAGUCCCAGUCACUUUUCUCAGUAACUCCGCUUCAUUUGCCACUGUAGCGUAUGCAAUUGAAGGUAGGGUACAUCAAACGACGUUUUUGAUGUAGAACCUGUGAAUCCUGCGUCAACACACGCCACUCUGUUCUAUUCUGCGCAUCGACUCGCCGUUCGACACAAAUCCACUCCUGAACUUGCCCCAUCUGUUUGACGACUAGCUAGAUUAACGACGUCCACAAUAGUAAUUACUUGCUUACUGGAAACAACAGUCUUCAUCUGUAACAAAGUAAACUGCUUAGUCUACUAGUCGAUCCGAGGAAGGACUAAUGAGGAGGCGCUCGUGAUGAGGGGACAGGGACUAAUAAGUAACCAGCUCGUCCGGCCGUUCCUUUCAGCCGAGUUGAUUUCAUCAUGUGAAAUUCAGAUCGCCAUUCACCGUUAUUUUCCGACAGCGCCAAACCCUAGGUGAGCAUAACUUCAUCACAGAGUGACUUGCAGACGUUUCGGAAGCCUUUCCGCCGAAUUCGACUGACGUAUCCAGGACGCGUCAAGAAAUUUAACAGGGGAUUGCCCUCGCGUCCACUAAUUUGAUUGAUUGUGAAAUACAUGCCACGCCAAGGAAUAUCCACAUUAGGACCCAGUUCAACCAGAAACUCGCAAAGAUUAUGUUGCAAAUUCGUGUUAAAGCGUCUAUGGCCCUGGUGCAGUGGUGCGGGCGACUAGUGAACGAGUCUAACCAGUGUAACUGGAGACGAAAAAGGACCAGGGUCCCUGAGAUUAACUCUUGCUCCUUCCCCUUUCACUGGGAUUUCUCUGCUGUGGCCAUCUUCCUAUCGGAUCGGAUCAACCGUAGUGUUGGCGACUCCACCAGGGCAAGCGCUGCUUAAGCACAUUUGACCUUCAAUUAGUCACAAACCUCCCGAAAACGCGGUCUCACUCAUACUCAACCUUGAGUGCGACUUGUAAAUUUCCUCAUUCGUAAGGGCACGAUGAUGCUGUGUCCAACCUGUGCUGCAGACACUGCAGACCAUGCGAAAGAGCCUCUGAAAUGUUUCCGUGCGCGCGUACAUCCGUCCCACGAACUCCCUCUCACUGUCUCAAACUCACCGUUGCCACCUAACUCACAGCAUUGCAGCAAUGGCCAGCGCAAACGUAGGAUCGACGACCCGUCAGGAUGUCAGGCCGGUUAUCGAAUCCGAUGUAUUCAGCUUUCGUCCUGGUCUUACGCUCCCCAUUCCAUGAUAUCCUUGUUUAUGUCUAGCUCCUUAUUGACUUAUCUUUGUUGCCAUGUCUUUAUAGGUACCAUUAGUAAGGACAGUAAAGCCGGACUCGAAAAUCAUGUGCUUUUCCAGAGUACAUCACGAGCAUCAGUACCGGCGUCCAUUUCAAGACAGAACACCAGUAGUCGCAGUCAGUCCAAUUCCACCGACUCAGAGGGUACAAUUAAGUCGGACAGCCUGGCACUCCAAGUAACGAAGGAAACUGUGAGGGCACACUGGAUGGCACAAAGGGCUGGGGCAUUUUCCUCGUCUACGAAGUCGGAAAAGGAGCCGCUGCACCACUUAGAUCUCUCAGCAGCAGUCAAGUCGGGCUUGAUUCGACGGGUCUCGACCUCCGGUGACUCUGGCGACCCCGAUUGCUCAUCCAUCAAGGCGCAGAAGGUCGACGAGAUGCUGCCCCCACCAUCGAUGCCAGGCGCCGGUUUAGUCGGUUACGAUGAUAGCGACUAG